GUGAAAUCGAGGCAUCGCUGUUUGAUACAUCUGAGAAUUGAGCUUGUUCGGCAGGGAAGGUGGUGUUUGUCUGUAGUUCAGUGCUUUGUUGUAGAAAUGACGAGCAAGAAUCAAAUUCUCCGGCUACUGCCGUUGCAGUAUUCUCAUAUCCUCGACAUGAAUACAAAUAUAACCUCUUUGAGACUGGGGCCUGGCACAUUUAUUUUACAAGACAAUGAACAAGUGGUGUUGGAUCCAGUUCAGAUGGUCAAAGUGCCUCCUGGACAUUAUUGUAUCAUUCAGAAUCCUGCAAAACUUCCCGUGCCGUCUGGAAGACAAUGUGAGUUGAAAUUUGGACAAACUGAAGUGCGAUUCCAUCAAGAGCCAUUUCCAUUAUAUCCUGGAGAGGUUCUUGCUGGUGGAAGCUACAGCUCUCAUAAAAAUGCAAUCAAAAAGCUACCUGUAAUUCAACCAAAGCAUGGACUAAGGCUUCAAGCACUUGUUGACUUUGAAAGUGGAUCAGAGAAAAGAGCAGCUGGAGAUGAAUGGCAGCUAGAGGGACCUUUGACAUAUUACCCAAAGCCAGAAGAGCGUAUAAUGGAUGUGGUAAAGCCUCACGUAAUUCAGCAAGGUGAAGCUCUCAGGUUAAAAGCAAAACAGGACCUUGAAGACCACAAAGGAGUCUUAAGAGUCACUGGAGAAGAAUGGCUUGUGAAAGACUUGGGUGCCUAUCUUCCUGGUAUAUAUGAAGAGGUGAUAGGAGUAGAGCAAGGAUAUGUUCUUACAGAAGACAGGGCCAUCCGUAUGACUGCUACAAUAAAUUGUACUGAUGCACUUGGGAAGAAAAGAAUUGCUGGGGAAGAAUGGCUGGUUACUGUUAGUGACAAAGAGACAUAUAUCCCGGAGGUUGGAGAGAAAUUGGUUAUGAUUGUUCGGAGAACAGUUCUGGGAAAGCACGAGUUCUGCAUUAUCAAGGAUCCAAUUGACAAAGAUGGCAAACCACAGCUCGGUAAAAAAGUAAUGAAAAGAGGAAUAACCACCUUCUUUCUUCACCCUGGAGAAAUAAUUGAAGCUGGAGUGCAGAAGACUUUCUUAUUGAACGAAGAUGAAGCUUUGAUAAUUUGCGCCAUGGAAGGUUUCACUGAUGAUACUUUUGGAAAAGAUCCAAUUGAAAGAAAACCCGGUGACGAGUGGUUGAUCAGAGGACCAAUUGAGUACGUUCCUCGUGUUGAAACUACAGUCAAGGAAAAACGGAGAGCAAUUCCACUGGACAAAAACGAGGGGAUAUAUGUCCAAGAUGCAAAAUCUGGCCAGAUAAGGACAGAAAUGGGCCCUCAAUCCUAUUUACUCACAGAAGAUGAACGUUUGUGGAAGAAAGAGCUACCGAACAUUGUCGAGAUUAUGUUGAAAAAUGGAGGUUGCCAUGGAGAAGGAGACAUAAGGAAAUUGGCCUAUUUCGAAUCUUCGAUCGAUCCAGAAGCAUUGGCAGGCAGGAGAAACCAGACCAGAGUCGUUAAGUACAGGUGUCCACCUAAUUCUGCUGUUCAGGUUUACAACCACCAAAAGCAAACAGCACGUGUUAUAUUCGGCCCAGACCUGGUUUCGCUAGGCCCAGACGAGAACUUCAAUGUCUUGAGUCUGAGUGCUGGUAAACCCAAGAAGAACAAUGCUCUCAAAACAUUGGCUGUUAUGCUAGGCCCAGAUUUCAUAACAGAUAUUAUUGAGGUUGAAACACUUGAUCAUGCUAGGCUUCGCAUUCAGUAUGCUGUCAACAACAAGUUUGAGUAUAAAAAAGGCGAUAAAGAAUCCGAAGCAAGAAUUUUCACCGUUCCAGAUUACAUAGGAUUUGUAUGCAACAGCAACGCAAGCCGGAUCAGAGGAAGAGUUGCCCGUACCCCUUUUGACGAAUUUCACCGAUAUUCUGCUAGAAUCGUGAAAGAGGCCAUCUUUGGUGUCGAUGAAGAUGGUAAUAUUCGUCCAUCCUUGCUGUUCAAAGAAAACAACAUGAUUAUAACCAACGUUGACAUACAAAGCAUUGAGCCUGUGGAUAGGCAAAUGAGGGACAGUUUGCUGAAAUCGGUGCAACUUGCAAUUGAGAUCUCUACAAACUCCAUUGAGAGGUCUGCUGCACACGAGGCUGCAAGAACAGACCAAGCUGCACGAGGCUCUUUGGAAAGGUGUAACUUGCAAAACGAGCAGGCCGCUGAGAAAGCCCGCAAGCAUUUGUACGAGCUACGUGCAAUUACGGCUGCCGUUGAGUCUUCCGGACAAGCAAAGGCCGAAGCAAAGGCCAGGUCUGAGCGUCUUCUUAUCGAGGGUCAAAGUGAGAUUGAAGGCUCGAAACUCAAAGCCGAAGCACAAGAAAUUGAAGAAGAAGCCAGUCUUGAGUCACUCACUUUGGCAAGGAAUGCGGAACUCGCCUAUCAAAAGCAAAUGAAUGCUCUUGAAAUAGAGAAGGCAAAAGCGAUUUCAGCAAUUGAGAUGAAGAGAUUAAAAGCAAUGAUAAGUUCCAUUGGAGCUGACACUGUUAGUACUAUAGCACUGGCAGGACCGAAAUCAAAGAUUGAGAUGCUGAAAUCUCUCGGGAUUCAAAGCACGCUGAUUUCGGAUGGGUCGACGCCGAUCAAUUUGUAUCAAGGUGGCAAUGGACCCUUUAUGAGAACAUGAUUUGCAGCCCCAGAGACAUUAAUGAUUUUUUACACUUAUUUUGACAAUUCUGCGCAAAUAUUUUUAUUCACUGCACCAUUAACUGCAAACGAUUCUUGCAGUAUCAAAAGAUCAUUGAAGCGACACAUUUGUAUCAAGGUUUGAAGGGGACAGACACAUUGCCAUAACUCGUGUAUGAUCAUAUUGCGUUUAUCAUUUUCAAUCUGUACUCUUUGCCUAUCA